CGUCUUUUUUUUUUUUGCAAUGGAAAGUAAUUCAAAUAAUAAAAGAAGAGCAAGUGAAACCAAAGCCACUGAAGCUUUAGCUUUAGUGAGCAAAGUACAACGCAUACCUCCCCCUUUACCUUACUUACCCAGCGAUUACCGUCCUUCACCAGACGGACCUCGUCAUUUCCUCAUAUCUUCCUCUAAUCCCAUGUUUGAACACACUAACAACCGUCGUCAACGAUCGCAUUCCAUCAGUCAUACUUUGGCCAUUGAAUCCAGUCAACAGCAGCAGCAACAACAGCAUUUCGAGCUUGUACCCUACCGUGAAUGGACCGUCAUUGCACGAAAUAAUGAAAAAGGUCAACUCGUGUUGUAUAACCAAGAUAAUCAAACAGUGACCGUACAAAAUUAUUCACCCGAUGAAGAUCAUCCCACACUUAACCCAAGUAAACCAGUUCAUAUGAACAAGGAAUUGGGUGAUUGUCCGUAUUGCCAUCGUCCUUUAGAGACAAAACCUGCUAAAUCCAAGGAGUUUGAUUACAUGGACCGCAACUACUUUCGUUUAUUAGCCUCAUCUCAAACAGAUACUGCACAAAAUUCACCCGCUCAGUCAAGGUCAAACACGUUUAGUGCAACAACCUCGGAAAAACCGUUACCGGAUCAAAACUUAAACGCCAACGCAUUUAACCAAGGUUACUAUGACAAAUUCUUUGUGGAGGAAAGUAAACUAGGGAAAGGAUUUCGAGGUAGUGUCUUCUUGUGUGAACACAUGUUGGAUGGUGUAAAAUUGGGAAAAUACGCCAUUAAAAAGGUAGCGAUCGGGAAUAACCAUCCAUGGUUAGUGAGGAUGUUACGUGAAGUGCAUUUAUUGGAAAGGUUACGUCAUCCAAAUAUCGUGAGUUAUAAACACUCUUGGCUUGAGUACAAUCGCUUGACACCCUUUGGACCUGAAGUGCCAUGUUUGUUUAUCUUGAUGGAAUGCGCCAAUGGUGGUAACCUAGAAGAGUAUUUUGAAAAUCAUAUUAGACCUACAAAAAAGAGCCCAACAGGAUCAACAGCAGCAGCAUCAUCAUCAUCAGCAACAACAAAAACGGCAAAGAGUGCAAAGGAAUUAAAGAGAGAACGUAUCAAGAGACAAUUGGAAGAACAAGCUUCAUUUGAACAAGAAAAGGAUCUAUCCGCUCCCGAAGUACAUCUAGAGAAACGCUUAUUGACCAUGACAGAGAUAUGGUCAUUAUUUUUGGAUAUUGUGCAAGGAUUAGCUCACUUGCAUCAACAGAAUAUUGUGCACCGUGAUUUAAAGCCCCCUAACUUGCUCUUGCAGUAUGAUGAACGUAAUCGAAAUGGACACCACGGCAUCCCACGAGUAUUGAUUUCUGAUUUUGGCGAGUGUGAGGAUUUGGAUGCAACGAGUGCAGACGAUGAGAACCGAACGGGAGCGACGGGAACAUUAGAGUUUAUGGCACCGGAACAUGUACGAUUGGAUCCACGCGGUCGAAAUACAGUAGAUUAUUCUCCUAAAGCGGAUAUGUGGUCUCUGGGUAUGGUACUUUAUUAUCUCUGUUACUCUCGAUUGCCUUACAAUGUCAUUGCGGAUGUCGAUGUGUUACGUGACGAAAUUCUUUCGUUUAAAGAUGUCAGAUUUCCAGUGUCUCGUUAUGAUAUUUACAAGGACCAUCGAGAGUUAUUAGAGGCAGCUUUACAUGAUCCUACAAUUCAGGCGGAUAUACCCAAUGAAUUAAAGUUACUGAUUCGUAUGCUGUUAUCUAUCGACCCCAACAAACGACCUUCUUGUAAUGAAAUCUUGAGUAAAUUACGAAGGAUCCGUAGAGAGGAUAAUACCACGGUAUUUCAAGAUAUGCCGAAUGAUUGGACCUGUGAUCCUGUGGUUGUCCAACAAGACGAAGAAGAGGAAGAGGGAAAGGUUAGACAAAAGUCAAGAUCCGUUUCUCCCAUGAAACGAAGUAAUGUUAAAACCAAGCCAGUGAUGGUAGAAACUAUUGGAUUAAGGAAACGACAACGUUUGUUACAGGAUGCCACUGUUGUGGAAGAAGAAACAAGCGAUAGUGUGAUGGAGGAACCACGGUUACUAUUAGAAUCACCACAGAUACCUUCCGUUUCUUCUUCUUUUCCUUUUACAGAUAGACAAGCUAUGAAGGGUAUUAAGACGGUGACGGGUGUACUCAAAAUUGCUUCAUGCACUUGGUGCUGUUCUCCUUAUUCGACAAGACCAAGUACGUUGUACCCAGUCAUCUUUUUUGCCUUGAUGGAUUUUUGGAAUGAAGCAAAUUCACCAAGUUUACUCUUGAUUGUGUUACAUGUUAUUUGGAUCACCGGAACUACUCUAGUGUCGGGAGGACUAUCAGACUUUAUUGCGGGAAAUUUCGGUGGUAUGGCCAAUGUUUUAGUAGGGCAACCACUGGAUACCAUCAAGGUACGACUUCAACUUGACAGCGGUAAAUUCAAGGGCGCUUGGGACUGUACGGUACAAACGGUGCAAAAGGAAGGCUUUUUAGCUCUUUAUAAAGGCAUGGCCAGUCCUUUGGUUGGUAUUGGAGCCGUCAAUGCACUUUUAUUUGCAGCCAAUUCGAAUAUCAAACAACGCUUACAAACACACCCCGACGAAGUUCUGGGUUUGAACAAGAUUGCAUUAGCAGGAGCUGGUGCGGGUAUUGUCAAUAGUAUCUUGGCCUCACCCGUAGAGUUACUCAAGAUCAAGAUGCAAGCACAGUUUGGUCAUGCCUCUGUAGACGGUAGUAAGCAUUUUACAGGUCCUUUGGAUUGUGCUAAAUACUUGAUUGCUAGAGAUGGCGUUGCACAUGGCUUGUUUAGAGGAUUAUGGGCAACGGUCGUACGUGAGAUUCCUGCUUAUGCUGGUUUCUAUACUGGCUUUGAAGCAACCAAACGUUAUUUGACAAAGGGACAGGAUAAACAGGCGGAUAUAUUUCAAUUAAUGACGGCAGGUGCAGUGGGUGGUAUUGGGUAUUGGGUGUUUUCUUAUCCAUUGGAUGUGGUGAAAUCCGUGGUGCAGCAUGGCGAUACACCACCCAAGGGGUUGUACAUUACCUCGGUUCUUAAGCGUAUCUAUGCACGCGAUGGCAUGGCUGGUUUAUUCCGUGGAUUUACUCCCACCGUUCUCCGAAGCAUUCCUGCUGCUGGAGCCACCUUUACUGCGUAUGAACUUUCUAUCCGCGCCUUUCAAGCCAAUGGCUGGUAGUUCUUAUUUAAAAAAAAAUAACAUAGACGUACACAUGUAAAAUAUGAAGCAGCUCUUUCUCUCUCUUUUUUAUAUAUAUUUA